GCCACUCCUCUCUCCUCCUCCUCCUCCUCCAUCACCCCCUCCUCCUCUUCCACCACCUCCUCCACCACCACCACCUCCUCCACGUCAUGGAUCUGAGCAAGAUGGGCACCAUCCACCUGCAGAACCCGGGCCACCCGGGCGCCCUGCUGCACAAGGCCAACCAGAUGCGCCUGUCGGGCACGCUGUGCGACGUGGUGAUCAUGGUGGACGCGCAGGAGUUCCGCGCGCACCGCACCGUGCUGGCCUGCGCCAGCAAGAUGUUUGAGAUCCUCUUCCACCGCGCCAGCCAGCACUACACGCUGGACUUCCUCUCGCCCAAGACCUUCCAGCAGAUCCUGGACUACGCCUACACGGCCACGCUGCAGGCCAAGCUGGAGGACCUGGACGACCUGCUCUACGCCGCCGAGAUCCUGGAGAUCGAGUACAUCGAGGAGCAGUGCCUGAAGAUCCUGGAGACCAUCCAGGCUUCCGAGGAGCACGUGGCCGACAUGGCCGACGUCAACGCAACGUCCGCCGCCACCACGGACAACAACAACAGCAGUAGCAACAACAACGGCGGGCCGCUGAGCAUGGCGAUGACGGCGACGACGGCGGAAGAAGAGGAGGCGGCGGCGGCUAUGCGCAUGGUCGCGGCGCGCCACCUCAAGAGCACACUUCUCUCCAAGAAACAUUCCACGAUGGCGGGGGCCGACGGGCCUUUCGGAGGAGGAGGAGGUGGUGGGGGGUGGCGGCACCACCGCCUGGCCCUGAGCGCGGCUGCCGCUGCCGCCGCCGCCGCAGCCAUGGCGGGAGACCUCCACAACAACCCCCUCCACCACUACCACCAGCAGCACCAGCACCAGCAGCAGCUCCACCACCACCACCAAGCGCACAGGCAGCCAGGGAUGGGCCACUCUCCCCCCGGGGGAGGCCAGCCCACCCUCAGCCCCACUAAAGCCGCCGUGGACAGCCUGAUGAGCCUGGGCCAAGCCCUGGCGCCCCCCGGAGGCCUGAUGGAGCGCAUCAAGACGGAGAUGAUGCAGGUGGACGAGCAGGGCGCCGCCUACGGCCACGAGGGAGGCGGCAACUCCAGCAACGGCGACGGGAUCGGCGGAGGAGGACCCGGCGGCGACGGCAGCCGGCAGCAAGACGGCCCCGGAACCCCCACGCGCAGCAGCGUCAUCACCAGCGCCCGCGAGCUCCACGUGCCCGGCGGCCGCGACGACGGCAGCGGCGGCGCCAUGGACGCCCAGAUGGACCUGGGCGGCAUCCCCGGAGGCCUCGGGGGCAUGGGCGGGCUCACGGCCACCGGGCUCGCCGAGCGCCACCUGGCCUCGCUGUACGCCUCCAUGCCGGCCAACCACAAGAGCGAGCCCUCCAUGCUGGGCAUGCCCGGCUCCAUGCCCAUGUCGCCCUCGCUGGCGGCCAUGUCGGCCGUGGACCUGGGGGCGUACGGCAGCCUGCUGCAGCAGAGCUUCAUGCAGCGCGAGUUCUUCAGCAAGCUGGGCGACUACGCCAUGAAGACGGGCUCCGACGCCGCCGUCGCCGCCGCCGGCCAGCUGCUGGCCCAGACGGGGGACCGCUGCCACAUCUGCGGACUGGAGCUGCCCGACAGCGACGCCGUCGAACAGCAUAGGAAGCUGCAUAGCGGGAUGAAGACGUACGGCUGCGAGUUCUGUGGGAAACACUUCCUGGACAGCCUCCGACUGAGGAUGCACAUGCUCUCACACACAGGCGGAGCGAAAGCACUCGUUUGUGACCAGUGUGGCAAUCAGUACGCCAAGGAGGAGGAGCUGGAAGCACACAGGAGAACACACUCAAGUUCCGACAUGGCGGUGUUCUGCCUGCUGUGCGGUAAGCGCUUCGCUACCCAGAAGGCUUUGCAACAGCACAUGGAGGUCCACGCCGGUGUGCGGAGCUACAUCUGCAGCGAGUGCGACCGCACGUUCCCCAGCCACACCGCACUCAAGAGGCACCUACGCUCACACACAGCAGGUGACCACCCGUUCGAGUGUGAGUUUUGUGGGAGCUGUUUCCGUGACGAGAACACGCUAAAGGGCCACAAGCGCAUUCACACGGGAGAGAAACCCUACGAGUGCAACGGCUGCGGCAAGAAGUUCAGCCUCAAACACCAGCUGGAGACGCACUAUAGAGUACACACAGGAGAGAAGCCGUUCGAGUGCAAGCUGUGUCACCAGCGCUCGCGCGACUACUCGGCCAUGAUCAAGCACCUGCGCACCCACAACGGCGCCUCCCCGUACCAGUGCACCAUCUGCCAGGAGUACUGCCCCAGCCUCAGCUCCAUGCAGAAGCACAUGAAGAACCACAAGCCCGAGGACGUGCCCGCCGACUGGCGCAUCGAGAAGACCUACCUGUACCUGUGCUACGUGUGACGCGGCCGGACGGCCCCGCACACUACAACAACCACCCCAUCCCCGUCACCCAUCCCCUCCACCACCACCACCACACACGCCCAGCCUGCUCCCUGACCCCUCCACCCCACCCCACACCGUUGACGCAAGGGGGGACAGGGGAUAGGGGAGGGGUGGAGUAUGCCUGAACAUGUGCAUGUGUGUGUGAUUGUGAUAGAAAAAAAGAGAGUUGUGGUUGGUCCAAUGCACCAACACACAACUACCCUCACUGCCUCAGCCACCCAACAACGCAAGGGGGGGAGGGGGAUAGGGGAGGGUGGAGUAAUGCGCGCGUGUGUGUGUGUGUGUGGGACUGUGUGAGUGAUUUGAGUGUCGUGGUCAAUCCAAUCCAGCUUAACAGGGUUUAAGGGCUGGCUAACGAGAAGGCUGGAGAUAGACUGAGGGGGGGGGGGGGGGGUUGUUUGUUUGUUUGUUUUGUUUUGGUUUUUGUACUCGUGUCUUUGGUGGGUUUUGUGUACCAUCGAUGUGUGGUGUACAGUAACUUCUCUCUAGUUCUUCCACCCAGGACGCUCAUGUUCAGCUCACACAGUGUGUAUGCGUGUGUGCGUGCGUGCGUGUGUGUUUGCGUAAAUGUGUGUAUGUGUGAAUGUGCUAGUCAGGCUAACAUUCACAGCCUCCCCCCUCCAACUACAACCCACAGGCAUUUGGGUUGAGAAGGGGGGAGGGGAAAUCAACAUAAACAAUAAUAAAUAAGUAAAUGAAUAAACAAGCAAACGGAACGGGUGUGCGGUAAAGAAAGAAAGUAUGGACGGAAAAAAACCAACCCAUGCCAAGCAAGCAAGAAAGUUCUAAAUCAGUUGGGAUUGUAUGGAGCGGCCACUCGGUUCAGGUGUGUGGUGGGUGUCACCAUUACCUGUGUACCAGAGUUGGCUGCAUUUGGCACUUACUGGUGGGAAAAAGACUGUCCUUUGACCCCCCUCCCCCCACCGGUAUCACCAAAUCAAGUUGCGAAGAAGAUUAUUAGUUAAAAAAAAGAGCGUAAAGAUUGUUUCAGGGAUAAAAACGAGUCAUGACAAGUAAAUGGACAUGUGUAGUAGGCUACUUCACAGUUAAGCAGCACUUUGUGUGUUGGGGACUGGAAGAUUUUUCUGUGUAUAUCUCUCUCAAUACGUGUGUAUGGAUCCACACAUCACACAAAGAAACACACACACACACACACACACACACACGCACACGCACACGCACGCACACACACACGCACAAACACACACACACCUCACCACAAUAUUCACACUCAUACACACACACAAACACACACACACUCUCAUUCAGUACGUCUCUUCUCAUAUUCAGUGUAUUGUAGUCACUAGGACAAAGACGAUGCUCCUACGCUCUGUCUGCCAUUGGCCGAGCUUCUCACCUUAAUCCAGCAGCAUAUCUCCGCAAUUCGCACCUGUCGUCUUCUACAGUUCUUCUGUUUCAUUGUACCUGUAUAGAAAAAAACCUGCAGCCAUGAGGCUCCCAACGAGACUCACAAACCACACACACACCACACACCACCCCCCCAACACUUCAACUCGAACCCUGGCUUGUGUGUGUACGUGUUUGUAUGUAUGUAUGUAUGUAUGUGUGUGCGUGUGUGUAAUCCGUCUGUGUAUGUCUGUGCGUGUAUGUAUGUCUGUAUGUACUUACUACGUACGUACGUGUCUCUUCUCUCGUCUGCAUCAGUGAGGUGAUGCGUGAAGAUGCUUGAACUGUGGUUUCUCGGAUGUUAAUUAGAAGCUGUGGUGAUGUUAACAUCAAGUGUGUCCACUUGUGAUAUAUUGAGAUUGAAAAAAAAAAAGCGAAUCAAAUGUGAUUGUGAAGAUUAAAGACAUGUGUCAUUUCACUGUGCGUCCGAACAGGGAACAAAGUGGGCAUGUUGGAGAAUUUGUCUGGCAUCCCGCCUAUAAAGCGUGCGCUUUUUGGCAUUGUCUUCACUUUUUUCUUUGUUUUUGUUGUUGUUGUUGUUGUUGUUUUUCCGUUUUGUCUUACGUUGUUUUGUUUUUUUUAUCACAUUUUUACUUGAAAUACCUCAUUUCUGUGACCUCAUGUGCUUGGUGUGAUUUUGUAUAUGUUGAUGACAUUCUAUUCUACUGAGUGCGAAGCAGGAAGUGAGGUAGAGACUCUGGGAUUUUGUUACGGGCGGCCGGGCGUAUGUACCGGCGGUCCUAAGAUGGCAGGUUGUUCUCUUCUUUUUGUUUUUCUCUUUUUUUUUCGGUUUGUUUUUAUAUUUGUGUUGUGCAUUUCUUACCAAAAUAGGUCUUUUUUUUAAUCCUACUGAAACGUGUUGAUGCUGAGGUUUUUACUUUUGUCUUUCCAAGUCAUCUUAUUUGCGCUACCUCCUCCCUCUCCUCUGUUUGCACACGCCUCUGUCGUCUCUUUUGAUUUGCAUUUUAAUCCGACUUCAUCUCAUGCUUGGCCUAAGACGUCUCCAUUUUUGCGAGUGUUUAUUUUGCAAGAAUGAUCAGUGGUGUUGAGUUUGCGGACGUACAGAAUCGUUUAACCCCCCCCUCCCUUCGGCAAAACACUCCGGUCUGUUAGCCCAACGUAAGAGAACACAUUAGCCGCGAGAAAGAGAAAGCAAGGUGAUUGUUUGAAAGAGGAACAAUGUUUAGCCGUGAGAGAGACCGAGCGUGAAGAUGUGUUGUGCUGUUGUCACGUUGUGUUUUAGUGUUGUUGUUCUUGCUGACCGGUGUCCGGGGCGUGGGUUUAGUGGCGUAAGAGAUUGAAAGGGAUACACUUGAAGAUCAUGUUCAAUGAGUUGCUGUUUUUUAUGUGAAAAAAAUGGUUUUUGUAAAGUUGAAUCACGCAAGACGUAUGCAGUGAUGAGAGGAGUGUAUUAUACAGCUGUUAGUGUGCUGAAAGUCUUUUUUUUGUUUUUGAGAAAAAGAAAAAAACCGGAGCUGGAGCAAAGCCGCAUCCCUAUUGGGAAGACGCGGCGUUGACGCUCUCCGCAGCUCCGCAAGAGCCAAAAGAGGCACUUUGACAUUGAAAAAAGUAUUUUUGUAUUGCAUUAAAGGUGUGAUACCUUGUAGUCUUUCGAGAUUUGAAAAAGAUGUUUUACAGAAAUCUCUCUCCAUUGUGCUUGUCGAGUAAAACUGUAUUUUCUGUGCCUCUUUUGCAAAUGUUUGUGAUGUGAAAAAAGAAAAAACAAAAAUCUCCUGGGUGUUGUUUCUUUGUUGGUGAAGGUACUAGACUAUUGUUGUUGAUCCAAAAAUUGCAUAGCAAGACAAGGAAGUCCAACUGCACUCAAUGCGCCAAUAACUCUUUUUUGCUGUUCUGUGCCCCCCUUCCCCCCCUCUCUCUGAUGCUUGCUGUGUGUGGUGGAGAACCGAUGAGGAUGGAUGUAUCCAAAGCUGGGGAAAGAGCGUCUCGUAUCUUUGUCUAUUUUUGUUAACACUGUGACUUUAAUGAUCACAUGCACACAUAUGUUUUUCACAGUAGUUGAUGCAUCCGUAGGUUGAUGCCGCGUUUUAUACAUUUAUGUGUGUAUUAUGUGUGUGUGCGUGUGUGUGUGUGUGUGUGUGUGUUUGCGUACGUGUGUGCGUGUGUGUUUGCGUAAUGUGAAUCUGCUCUUCGCUGUGUGGUCACCCUUCAUUGUGGAAAUGCACUAUACUGAACCGGAAGAGCGCAGUAUUUUGAAGGCAUUUUGUUGUAAAAGAGAAAAUAAAAAGGCCCCAAGUCACAGACGCUCGCCUUCUCACAGCGGAAAAAUACAGAAUCUUCAGUUGACUUAUUUUAGGUCACAAUUUGGCAGGUUUAUAUUUUGGCAUCUAAAAUCGAACUAAACAACUGCGGUGGUUUCUGUAAAAAAAAAGGCUGAUUUCUUUCUUCACCGCCCCAGGGUGUGUACUGAGAAUAACAUCAGUACAAGAAAUUAGAUUAAAAAAAAAGAAAAUGUGAAAAAAAAUCAACAAGUUAACGAUAUCCAAGUCAUUCUGCCUUGUCCCAUUUGUCAAGUAGAAUUGACAAAAGUAUUUUUCUUCUCGCCGGGGAAGUCAAGACUUUUUUUUCCAUGUGCUGUUUUCAUUUUCCUUAACGAAUCAAAGCUAGUGGGUGUGUUUUAUUACUUUUCUUUUGUAACCACAUAUAUGUAAAGGCCCUAUAAACAAUACUGGUGAUGUUUCGUUUAGUAUCAGUAUGUGUAUGUGUGUGUGUGUAUCUGUCUUGGUGUGCGUGUGUGUGUGUGCGUGUGCGUGUGUGUGUUUGUAGGCUAUAGCAACCACUGCCUCUGUACUACCACAGUUACUGACCGUUUGCAUUCUUCUUCUUCUUCUUCUUCUUCUUCUUCUUCUUCUAUGACAAUAACACCGUGGGGUUAAUCAUCAGCAAUAAUACUUUCGUCCGGGAGGGAGGGAGGGUGGGAAAAGAAGUCCUGGCUUCCCUGGUGUUGGGCUCUGAUUUGGGCUACUCUCUGGGCUGGUCCGGCCCGGUGCCAGUCUUGGUUUGGGCCCUGGGCCGGUUCUGUCUCUGGGUCCCUGGGCCCUGUUCUUGGGGGUCAGAGCUGGUUUUGGCCUCCCUGAACUGAGCUUGGGGCCUAUAGUCUGGUCCAUGCCCUGGGUUGGUGAUGCCGGGCCCCCCCCCUUGGGCCUGGUAUUGUGGCUACAGUAUCAGAAGCCCCCUUGUUUCUCUGGCUUGAGUGCUUGGGUGCCAUUCGUACGUACGAACGCAUGUCUGACCCCCCCCCCCUCCAGAGCCUCAGCUUCCCUGGGGAACUCUUUAUUGGACCAAGAGAAUAUCGAAACGUUCUCCUAAAACUUUUUACUUCUGUAUUUAGUCUUUUUUGCCCUGUGUUUAAACUGAAUUAACGUUUUGUUUGAUUUUGUUUUUGAUUUUUGUUUUGAAUUUACUUUCUUUUUUUAUGAUUGAUUUUAUGAAGAUGUCUACCUCAGCACCUGUCCUUAGUAUAAUCGUUAAGGUGCCCAUUUAAAGAAAUAGUUUAUUUGUUUAUUUUUUGUCUUUGUUUUUUGUUGUUUUGUUUUGUUUUUGUUUGUUUUUUUUCUUUCACUUGUGCACAUAUCAUAUCAGCUUUUCACUCUGUAGCUUACUGUCGGCCAUGAGAGAGAGAGAGAGGUGUUCUCCACUGUUGAACACGCUCAAUGGCUGGCUGGGGUGUGAGUUCAGUGUGUGCGUGUGAAAGAGAGUGUGUGUGUGUGUGUAUGUGUGUGUAUGUAUGUGUGUGUGUGUGUGUGUGUGUGCGCGUGUAUGUGCGUAUGUGUGUGUGGGUUUGUAUGUGCGUGUGUGUUUGUGCGUGUGUGUAUGUGCGUGUGUGUGUGUGUGCGUGUGUGUGUGUACAUGCGUGUCUGUGUGUGUGCGUGCGUGUGUAUGUGCGUGUGUGUGCGGUGAUAUCUGUGCUGCUGCUGAUGGACCUGUUUAUAUAUCUACCACCAGUUUUUUUCUCUUUUCUUUUCUCUUUUAUGUGAGCUCAGACACAUCGGUGUAACCUUCAGUGUUCUCUGGAAUGUGGAAAAAAAAUAAAAGGUAUAAAAGCAACCUUAUGCUGCAGGUUUCCUUUUGCCAUGGUUUUGUCUGUAAGUGAAGUUUGUGCCUUUAAUGUUGAAAAGAGUAUUUUUACACCCUACUAACGGUAGAUUGUUUUGUAGUGAUGAUUUUUUUUGUUUUUUUGUUUUUGUUUUGUAUUUUGGUUCACAAGUCCUUUAGAAGAUGAUGUUCUGUUGUCCAUGUCGAGCCUGCAGUUAGAAAUAAAAUAAUAAAUCUGUACUUUCUCACGUCCAA